CUUAGACCUGAGUCACCGACAAGCGACGCGAACAAAUGCGUCUCCUUCUGGGUGUCGGAAGAGACUCGAGCCUUUGGUUCCCUAUUCUCCUCGCUGCAAUGGGCACUGUGGGCAUCGUCGUGGGCGUCGCGGUGGGCAUCUAUCUGAUAAGGAAGUACCGGGAGAGCAAAUGGGGGAAAUGCAAGAGCAAGAGGCGCAUGGAAGGCAAGGUUGUUGUGAUCACAGGAGCAAACUCAGGUAUUGGGAAGGAGACAGCACGUGACUUAGCAAGUCGUGGAGCCAUAGUAAUUCUUGCAUGCAGGAACCGCCAGGCAGCUCUUGAAGCUGUGAAAGACAUCCGUACUACCACUGGAGAUGGUGACUUGAUUGUCAUGGACCUUGACCUAGGUGACUUGGCUUCAAUUAGGUCAUUUGCAUCGAACUUCAUGGAGAAGUUUAGUAAGCUUGACGUCUUAAUAAACAAUGGUGGAGUGUUUAUCCCCCCAGAAGAGCGCAGGAAGACUAAGGAUGGCUUUGAAAUUCACUUUGGGGUAAAUCAUUUGGGUCAUUUUCUCCUCACGCAUCUGCUCUUUCAUCAUAUUCAGCGCACACCUAGCUCUCGAAUUGUUAAUGUGUCAUCACUUCUCUACAAAUGUGGCAAGAUAGAUUUUGAUAAUCUGGAUGCAGAUAAAGGCUGGGACAAGAAAGUCAGACAUAAUGCCCUCUACUGUAACUCUAAGCUAGCAAACAUCUUCCAUAGCCAAGAACUGGCUAAGAGACUCCAAGGCACAGGAACAGGAGUAUUUGUUUUGUGCCCUGGCUUUGUGUACACUGGGCUCAUGAGAUACAGUGCCCACCAGUUCAAUUGGUUCAAAAAACUGUGCUUUGCUCCUAUUGUUUUCCUGUUUAUGAGGACUCCAAAGCAGGGAGCCCAAACUACUAUCCACUGUGCUGUGUCAGAGGAAUUGGAUGGUGUGGAAUGGGGAUUCUUACGUGAGUGCAAAAUUGAUAAACUGGAAGCAGUUGCAGAAGACUCUGAAACUGCUGCCAAACUAUGGGAUGUGUCGAUGGCUCUUGUUGGGGAGGGAGGUCCUGGAUCAGCAGCCCUGGAAGAGGAUAAUGGCUUUGUUGAAGGGCAAGAUGCAGAAGCAGUAAUGGUGGAGGAAGAGGCUGUUUUGGUGGAAGAUAUUCAAGUGGAAGAAACCACAGUAUUGAAAGCAAGCCCCCAGGUGGAAGAGAAGGGUCCAGCUGAAGAUGAAGAACAAAUGUUAAGAGAAGAAGCAGAGUCACCUGAUGCAGAACUAGAGACUCUAGAGAAAGAAGAAAGUGAUGAAGAAGAAGAAGGAGAACUACUAGACGAGGAUUUUGUCAACAGUGACAAGGAGAAGUUGCUGGAACCAAAAAAGUCAGAUGAAGUUAAAUGAAUGAAGUGA